GCCUUGUCACUUCCCUUGCUCUGGCGGCCUCGGCUACUCUCCCGACAAACUCAGUGAGUGGAGCGGUGGGGCUAUGACCUCAUGGGCGCUGCUGCUGCUUCUGGGGGUGCUCGGGGCGCCCCUAGCCCCCGGCGCUCACGGGUCGGAAGCCGAAGGCCAACUGCGUGAAAAACUUUUCUCGGGCUAUGACAGCUCGGUGCGCCCGGCGCGGGAGGUGGGAGACCGCGUGACGGUCCGCAUUGGCCUGAGCCUGGCGCAACUCAUCAGCCUGAACGAGAAGGAUGAAGAGAUGAGCACAAAAGUGUAUUUAGACCUGGAGUGGACUGACUACAGGCUAAGCUGGGACCCUGCAGAACAUGAGGGCAUUGAUUCUCUACGCAUCACUGCUGAAUCCAUUUGGCUCCCUGACGUGGUGUUGCUGAACAACAAUGACGGCAAUUUUGAAGUUGCCCUGGAUAUUAAUGUGGUGGUGUCCUUCGAGGGCUCUGUGCGUUGGCAACCCCCUGGCCUCUAUCGCAGCAGCUGCAGCAUCCAGGUCACCUAUUUCCCCUUCGACUGGCAGAACUGCACCAUGGUGUUUAGUUCAUACAGUUAUGACAGUUCGGAGGUCAGCCUGAAGACAGGCCUGGGUCCUGAUGGGCAGGAGCGGCAGGAAAUUUACAUUCAUGAAGGGACCUUCAUUGAGAAUGGCCAAUGGGAGAUUAUCCACAAACCCUCUAGGCUAAUCCAACUUCCAGGGGAUCCUAGAGGAGGGAGGGAUGGACAGCGUGAGGAAGUCACCUUCUACCUCAUCAUUCGCCGGAAGCCUCUCUUCUACCUGGUCAACGUCAUUGCCCCGUGCAUCCUCAUCACUCUCCUGGCCAUCUUCGUCUUCUACCUUCCUCCAGAUGCAGGAGAGAAGAUAGGACUCUCAAUCUUUGCCUUGCUGACCCUUACUGUGUUCCUGCUGUUGCUGGCAGACAAAGUGCCUGAGACCUCCUUGGCGGUCCCCAUCAUUAUCAAGUAUCUCAUGUUUACCAUGAUCCUCGUCACCUUCUCAGUCAUCCUUAGCGUUGUGGUCCUCAACUUGCACCAUCGUUCACCCCACACCCACCAAAUGCCCCUUUGGGUCCGGCAGAUCUUCAUCCACAAGCUCCCUCCAUACCUGGGUCUAACGAGGCCCAAACCUGAGAGAGAUCAACUACCGGAGCCACAACACUCAUUUUCUCCAGGAAGUGGUUGGGGCCGGGGAACCGAUGAAUAUUUCAUCCGGAAGCCUCCAAGUGAUUUUCUCUUUCCUAAACCUAACAGGUUUCAGCCUGAACUGUCAGCCCCGGACCUGCGACGAUUUAUAGAUGGUCCAAUCAGGGCUGUCGGUCUGCCUCAGGAGCUACGGGAGGUGGUUUCUUCCAUCAGCUACAUCGCUCGACAGCUGCAGGAACAGGAGGACCAGGACGCACUGAAGGAGGACUGGCAGUUUGUGGCCAUGGUAGUAGAUCGCCUUUUCCUGUGGACCUUCAUCAUCUUCACAAGCCUUGGGACCCUGGUCAUUUUUUUAGAUGCCACAUACCACUUGCCCCCUCCAGAGCCCUUUCCUUGAAGCGUUGACAGUCAUUUUAACUGAGAGUUGCAGGUACUCUCAAACUAUAUACCUGUCUGCCUCUGAACUCCUUCUGGAGGAAUCCAGUCCUCUAGUUUCUGGGGAAGGCAGUGAAGUGAGACAGAGGACUGGACAGGAUGCCUUGGACCCUCCUAAAAUGCCUAUCAGCUUAUUUACUUGUUAGGGGUUUUUGGUUUGGUUUGGUCUUUUGAAACAUGGCCUCAUCCUGUAGCCCAGGCUAGCCUAGAACUCACUAUGUAGCCCAGGCAAGCUUCAAAUACCCAGCAAUACUAUGGCUUCAGCCAAAGGAGUGUUGGGAUUGCAAGCCAGGUGAGCUACCACACUUGAUUUUGGGUUCUUGAAGAAGCUCUGCUGGAUGUCAAAGCUUAGGUCUCCAUUGCAAUGCAAUAAUCAGCAAGUACUAGACUGUAAGCCUUCUGAGGACAGAAAAUCUGUUGUUCACUGUAAUGUCCCCAGCUCCCAGCACAGGCAUUCCCAUAAAUGCUUAACAUUUGUUAAAGACAGAAAAAAGUUCUGAAAGGAAAUGCACCAAUAGUGCCUGCAUAUGCCUGUGAUUAAUCAAUUUUUCUGUUUUUACCUUUCCAUAAUUUAUUAUCUUUUGUAAUGACUACCACCUUUAGGAUGAAAAUAAGUUGUUUCUAAAAAGGCUGUACUUGUAAUGCGGAAAUUAAAAAAGCAUUUAAAAGACUUCUUUCAAGUGUGAGGAGUGGUGGUAUAAUCCCAGAACUUGACAGAGGUAGGAGGAUUGCCACAAUUUCAAUGCUAGCCUUGGCUACGUACUGAGUUCAAGGCCAGUAUGGACUACAAGAGA